GAGACAGGAACCACAAAUGAAGUCCGCGCUAUCUGACAGCUCCUGUGCCGCACUUUACAGCUCCGUCUCUCUCCGGCGUCCAGUUCGGCCAUUUUCUCCGAUUCUUUGAAUCCUUCUCGCUUCUUUUUUUCCCCACUCCACUUUUUUUGUGUGUUUUUAAUUUUGCAUCGAGUGUAGCCGGGACGGUCUGUGACAGGCGGAACCGAGCGGGACCAUGGCCUUCCUAGGGAGCGCAGCUCGGCGGGUGGCGUUGGCAGUGCAACCUCCUCUCUCCCCUUUGUGCCGCAUAAGUGCUCGGUCCUACAGCUCAGAGCAGACCACGGAAAAAAGUGUCCCCUACAAGAAGACACUCAAACAGGAGGAUGGAGCUUCCUCUGGACCCACUAAACCUUUGCCCAGGUCAGCGGAUGUGGUGGUGAUCGGAGGAGGCAGUCUGGGCUGUCAGACCAUCUACCACCUGGCUAAAAUGGGCUUGACCAACGCAGUUCUCCUUGAGAGAGACAGGCUGACUGCUGGCACCACCUGGCACACUGCAGGUCUGCUGUGGCAGCUCCGUCCCAGUGAUGUUGAGGUGGAGCUCUUGGCCCACACCAGGAACGUGAUCAGCAAAGACCUAGAGCAGGAGACCGGUCUCCACACAGGCUGGAUCCAGAAUGGAGGACUCUUCAUUGCCUCCAACAAGCAGAGACUGGACGAGUACAAGCGCCUCAUGUCGCUGGGUAAAGUUUACGGUAUUGAGUCCCAUGUGCUGUCACCUGCGGAGACCAAGGACCUGUAUCCUCUGAUGAACGUUGAUGAUCUGUAUGGAACCCUGUAUGUACCAAAGGAUGGCACCAUGGACCCAGCAGGCACCUGUACCACCCUGUCCAGAGCUGCCUCCGCCAGGGGAGCCACGGUGAUCGAGAACUGUCCUGUGACUGGUAUUAAAGUGCGGACAGAUGACCUCGGGGUGAAGAGGGUGAAGGCAGUGGAAACCCCUCAUGGGACAAUUGAAACUCCUUGUGUAGUGAACUGUGCAGGUGUGUGGGCCACCAAGCUGGGGGAAAUGGCCGGAGUCAAGGUGCCUCUCAUAGCCAUGCAUCAUGCCUACGUGGUGACAGAGAGAAUUGAAGGCAUACAGAACAUGCCAAAUGUCAGGGACCAUGAUGCAUCAGUGUACCUGCGCCUCCAAGGUGAUGCCCUGUCUGUGGGUGGCUAUGAACAGAACCCCAUCUUCUGGGAUGAAGUGUCUGAUAAGUUUGCCUUCAGCUUGUUUGACCUGGACUGGGAUGUAUUCAUGCAACAUAUUGAGGGUGCAAUCAACAGAGUCCCUAAUCUGGAGCAGACUGGCAUCAAGUCCACUGUCUGUGGACCAGAAUCAUUCACUGCAGACCAUAAGCCGCUGAUGGGAGAAGCGCCAGAGGUCAGAGGUUUCUUCCUGGGAUGUGGCUUCAACAGCGCCGGUAUGAUGCUGGGAGGUGGUUGUGGUAGAGAGCUGGCUCACUGGAUCAUACACGGCCGCCCUGAAAAGGAUAUGUAUGGAUAUGACAUCAGGCGAUUCCAUAACUCGCUGACAGACAACAAACGCUGGAUCAGAGAGAGGAGCCACGAGUCGUAUGCUAAAAACUACUCUGUGGUGUUCCCCUUUGAUGAGCCUCUGGCCAGCCGCAACAUGAGGAAGGACCCUUUCCAUCAGGUGCUGACGGAGCAGGGCUGUGUAUUCCAGGAGAGACAUGGCUGGGAGAGACCUGGUUGGUUCAACAAAGAUGGGCCUGCACCUGUUAAAGACUAUGAUUACUAUGGAGCUUAUGACAUUAAGAAGAAUGUGAACUACAAGUACAACGAAUUGCUGGGGAAAGAGUACACCUUUGACUUCCCUCCACAUCAUGACAUGAUUAAGAGCGAGUGCCUUUCAUGUAGACACGAUGUGGCCGUGUUUGACAUGUCCUACUUUGGAAAGUUCUAUCUCACUGGACCAGAUGCCAAGAAGGCAGCUGAUUGGCUGUUUACUGCUGAUGUCAACAAGAAGCCAGGCUCCACUGUGUAUACCUGCAUGCUGAAUAAAAGAGGAGGGGCGGAGGCCGACCUGACAGUGAGCAGACUGGAGCCUGGUGCUGCCAACCUGCCCCUGGCACCAGAAUCCAACGGCGAUGCGUACUACCUGGCCAUCGGAGGCGGUGUAGCAGAACACAACUGGAACCACAUCCGAACAGUUCUUCAGGACCAAGGGUUCCGCUGCCAGCUGACAGACCAUUCUGAGGACAUGGGGAUGAUCAGCAUCCAAGGGCCAAAGAGUCGGGAGGUACUCCAGGAGGUGCUGGACACAGACUUGAGCAACGAAAGUUUCCCUUUCUCUACCCACAAAGUUGUCAGUGCAGCAGGACAUCAGGUGCGAGCCAUGCGUCUGUCAUUUGUCGGAGAGCUCGGCUGGGAGCUGCACAUUCCCAAAGACUCCUGCCUCCCAGUCUACCACGCUGUCAUGGCUGCCGGUGCAAAGCACGGCAUCAUCAACUCAGGCUACAGGGCCAUCGACUCACUCAGCAUAGAGAAAGGGUACAGACAUUGGCACGCUGACCUCCGCCCAGAUGACACACCCUUGGAGGCGGGGCUAGCCUUCACCUGCAAACUGAAGAGUUCAAUCCCGUUCCAGGGUCGCGAUAGGCUGGAGAAACAGAAGGAGGAGGGGCUGAGGAGGCGUAUUGUCUGCUUCACCAUUGAUGAGAAAGUACCGAUGUUCGGUCUGGAGGCCAUUUUCCGUAAUGGAGUUCCUGUUGGUCACCUACGGCGUGCUGAUUACGGAUUCUUCAUCGACAAAACUAUUGGUUAUGGAUAUAUCCGCAACCCUGAUGGAGGAGUGGUGAGUGCCGAUUUCAUUAAGAGUGGCGAGUUUACCCUGGAGAGGAUGGGAGUGACAUACAAGGCCAAGGCCCACCUCAAAUCUCCAUUUGACCCUGAGAAUAAACGUGUCAAGGGCAUCUAUGCUUGAGAAGGACGGUAAAUGUAAAAACCAAAUCAAAACACACCCUGGUUGGAUAGUGAGGCUGAGGGAGGUGCAGCUGAUUUUCUUUUUUUACGCACAGGUGCAUCUAUUUUAGUCUUUACUUUCUCUGUCAAAUACUAGGUAUCUCAAAUGUUGAUCUUUUUAUUCAGAUUACAUCUGCAAUUUGAAAGAACUGCAGUGGCUGUGGUGGAACAUAUACCCAUUGUAAAACAGCCUUUUAUGGACAAUCUAAAAUCUGUACCCAGAUGUUAGAGGUGCUGAGCUGAGUCGGUUAUUGAUGUUUUGUUGCUGUUGGUGCUUCAAGUUCACGUUUUUAUGCCCACUCUGUACUUGAGAGUGUGUUGUGAAUGCUCUUGUGUGACUAGUAUUACUAUGAAGACAAAUCCAAGAGGUAAAUCUCCACUAAUCAACGAAGUUUUAAUGAAGCACUAGCAGCCAGCAUAGCAGUGAACCUGAUUCAUUACCAUGAUUAUAGGUAUGACAGUAAUGUUUUAUAUGAAUCACAGAUAACUGUUGCCUUUGUGACUAAAGCACUUCUAAUAGGGGUAAAAGUAAUGGUUCCAGAUAUGUGUGUGUAUGUGUGUGUGCGUGCGCGCUUUUACUCAAAUUAAAUAUGAUCAAUUCUUAAUUAGUGGCCAGAGCAUUUGUGUACUUUAGCUGAACAGAAAACUAACUUAAUUCUAAUUUUGCUGUCAGAUCACAAUAUAUUUUAAAAUAUAUAAUAUAAUGUAGUGCUUGUCCUAGGAGGCCACAGAGUGCUAUAUGAGGGAAUACAAACUCAAACUCAUCUCAAACUACACAGGUGCCCUACAGGCAGUUGGAGUAACAUUACAGUGACUGAUGUUUGUGCUGAUAAUAAUGACUAAACAGAGUUUUACUUGCUCAUGUGGUAUCUAAAUCUGAAGCAGACAGCCUGAGUGUUGAUCAGAGUUGGAGGAAAAGGGAGAAAGAAACACCCCAAGGCACAAUGUACCAGCAAGAGACAAAAAUACUGAACAAUGACAGAAAAAGACAACAGUUAUCAGAAACCAGCUGCUAACAGAUACAACCCCUCCAUUUCCUGAUCUGUCCCCUGUGUUACCGUGCUCUGCAGUGUUAAUCUGCUUUUGCUGCUGUUUGCAAACUUAAUGCUCUUAGUUUUGUUUUUUAAACAGGUACAUUGUUCUUUAAUGAGGCUAUCUGCUGACAAUUCAUAUGUGCGUAAGAGCUCCCAUUUGUCUUGUUUCGCUGUUGAAUCAAACACAACAUUUUGUGCAGGCUGCCUCACAAUAAAGCAGUUCAGCGGGCAAUAUCACAUCUCCUUUUUUCUAGGAGAACCUUAACUGUGAAGCGUUUGCAGGAAGCGCCACCUGAGCCUUAUUAAUAAAUAUUCAAUUCAAAAUAUGAACCUCUGUGCAGUGGAGUAGCGAGUAGCAUAGUGGGACUGUACUGCAGGGCUCAUGUAAUAACACUGUGGAAAAUCAACUGCUAAUUGUGCCGAAUCAACUACCUGAGUCAGUGGAGAAGCCUUUGAGUCUUCACAUUUGAAAUCUAUGGUGCCUGUACACAUAUACUGUGUAUAUAUACAGAAAGAACUGCAAUUAAGUUAGCUAGCUAUGAAGCUGCUGGUUUCUGUGGUCCGGGUCUGAAUGAUAAUGUCGUACUUUGCUUUCAGUCUUAACAGAAAAAAGUGUGACUUAAACAGCAAAAAGAGAAAUCACUACUUUAACUCCCUGAUAAGUGAUUCAUGUAUGAAAUACAGGUGCUGGUCUGUACACUAAUUGAAGAUGUUUUGUUAAUUUUGUGUGUACAAACAUUGUUUCCAAGUCAACUACAAAACGCAGGUAUAUAGUUUUUGUUUUGCCACCUUGCCACUUGAUUAUGGAUGAUCUUUUCCAUCUUUGUUUACAGCCACUUACAUUAACGCUGUUGAGGCCAAACAGAAACCAAAGCUCACCACACGCACUAUGCAAACAGCAGCCAAAAAAAAAGCAGGUCGAAGUAGAGGAAGGCAUUUGUAUGUAUAAACUACUACUUUCCUCUCAGAUGUGUGUCGCUGCAUGUUCAGCACAAAAUGUUUACUAAUGUGGAGUGAUUCAUUGAUUCAGCCCAGAAGGCCAUUAAUCAUUGAAAUGGUUGUUCUCAGGAGUAGCUUAGCUUGAUAACAAGAUUUAUAUGGGAAAUGUGAAACACUAUCACUACUGGUCUUCUACCACAGUGGCUCCAGAGGUUUUUUUUUAAAAAUUCAUUUUAUAUCAUUUCUCUCCUUCCCGGAGUGUGACGUGACUAUUGCAAAGCCUUGGUGAUUAUAAAAGCAGGUGGAAGGCAAAAAAUAUUAAUUUCUCAUGCUGAGCUUUUAAAUAUGUUUCAAAAAAAUUGUGCAUCUCUGUUACUUUUGUUUAACAUUUUGACAAGUUUAAAGAACAAAAAAGAUCAAAUUAUGAACCUAAUGUUAGUAGACUCAUUUAUUCUGUCCAAAGCGAUUCAUGUUUUAAUAAAUGCCUUUUUAACUGCCAA